AUGGACUCUAACAUGGACGCCGUUGACCAGCGAUCAACAACCAACUGCCAUGUGUUAGCAGUGCCCUAUCCUGGCAGAGGCCAUGUCAACCCCAUGAUGAAUCUCUGCAAGUUACUAUCUUCAAAGAAACAUGAUAUUCUCUUCACUUUUGUUGUUACUGAAGAGUGGCUUGGAUUCAUUGGCUCUGAUACUAAACCCAGCAACAUUAGAUUUGCCUCGAUACCAAAUGUCAUCCCUUCUGAACUAGUCCGUGGAGCUGAUUUUCCUGGAUUCUAUGAGGCUGUGAUGACAAAGAUGGAAGGUCCAUUUGAACGGCUACUUGAUCAGCUUGACCCGCCAGUGACUACUAUCAUAGCCGAUGCCGAGUUACUAUGGGCAAUCACCAUUGCAAACAAGAGAAAUAUUCCAGUGGCCACUCUUUACACUUUGUCAGCAACCGUAUUUUCAAUAUUGUAUCAUUUUGCUCGCAUAAAAGACCUGCAAAAGCUAGCCAAUUUGUUAGAUGAUGGAGAAGAGAUUGUGGACAACAUUCAAGGAAUUUCUUCAAAGCAUGUAUUAGACCUUCGAACAAUCUUCAAUGGAGGCGAGGCACGAGUUAUGCAGCUUACUUUGGAAAGCAUUUCAUGGGUGCCAAGAGCACAAUAUCUUCUAAUCAACUCCGUCUACGAGCUUGAAUCCCAAGCCCUCGACGCACUAAAAGCAAAAUUACAUUUACCAAUCUAUCCAGUUGGUCCUUCCAUACCUUACUUUGAACUUAAGGACAACUAUUGUGUCACUGCAGGUUCUGAUAGCACCAACUAUUUCCAAUGGCUGGAUUCCCAACCUACAGGCUCUGUUUUGUAUGUAUCAUUAGGAAGUUUCUUUUCAAUUUCCAGCAAGCAAAUGGAUGAAAUUGCUUCUGGGUUGAGAAAUAGUGGUGUUAGAUAUUUGUGGGUGGCUCGUGGAGAAGCUUUACGGCUAAAAGAGAGUUGUGGUGAAAAGGGGAUAGUGGUCCCAUGGUGUGACCAGUUGCAGGUCUUGUGUCAUUCUUCUGUAGGGGGGUUUUGGACACAUUGUGGGUGGAAUUCGAGUCUUGAAGCUGUUUUUGCAGGGAUUCCAAUGCUUGCUCUCCCUUUAUUUUUCGAUCAGGUUCCCAAUAGUAAGCAGAUUGUUGAAAACUGGAGAAUUGGGUGGCAAAUGAAGAAAGAUGAGGGGACUAAAAUUUUGGUUAAAGGAGAGGAAAUUACAGCGCUUGUGCAAAGGUUUAUGGAUACGGAGAACAGUGAGGGGAAGGAUAUGAGAAGAAGAGCGAAAAUGCUUCAGCAACUGUGCGGGCAAGCAAUAGCAAAAGACGGAUCUUCUGAUAAAAACCUUGAUGCUUUUAUCAGAGAUAUUUCAUAAAAUUCCUGAUGCUUGCAACUUGUAGAUAUUUCAGAAGCCUGUUUAAGCAGCUUAAUGUAAUUGAAGUCUACUAGAUUUCAUGAUUUGAAGCUUGUAUCAAUUGGCUUUUCAUGGAGUUCACAAGUAUCUGAAACAUUACUCAUUUAGAUGUAAACUGCAAAUCCAUCAGAGAGCUGUCGACCGUUUUGACAAUUUCUUUGACUGGGCAGGUGAUCAUUCUUAGAUUGAAUAGCAUCAGCAUUUCUUUCUUUC